AUGCUGAUAGACAUAGCAGUCAAUAUUACAGAUAGUCAGUUGGCAAAAAACCAAGAAAUGCUCGAUCAAAUAAUUGGAAGGGCAAGGGAAAGUAAUGUAAUGCCUGUGUUUACAGGAAUUGAUUGUGAAACAAGCAGAAAAUGUGUUGAGCUUGCCAGAAGAUACAGGACUGUGGCUACAGUUGGUAUACAUCCUACUUCAUCACAACAGUGCCUUGAUGUAUCUGGGAUAGAGUGCUUGGUAAAAGAGGAUGUGGUUGUAGCAGUUGGAGAAUGUGGCUUAGAUUACGAUCGUCUUGAGUUUGCAGAUGUCAACUCACAGAAGCGAAUUUUUCGUUCACAACUUGAUCUGAAUGGAGAGUGCUAUUUUUUUCAUUCGAGAACAUGCCACAGAGACUUUAUGGAGAUGAUUUGUGAUUAUUCACUUCGGGGCGUUGUUCACAGCUUCACAGGGACGCAUGAAGAGGCAAAAGAGUUGAUAAGGAAAGGGCUGUAUAUAGGAAUUAAUGGAUGCUCUGUGAAAACUGAAGAAGGCAUUGAGGUAUUGAAAGAAUUACCAAUUGACUCGAUACUUGUGGAGACUGACUCGCCAUACUGUAAGAUCAGGAAUAGCUAUGCAGGAUCUAAGUAUGUCACAAGCUAUUUUGAUGGUCAGAAAGCAUUGAAGAAGAGAAACGAGCCUUGUUGUGUAAUACAAGUGGCAGAGGUUAUAAGUAAAGUGAAGAAUAUGGAGUAUGAAGUGGUGGCGGAUACAUUGCUCAAUAAUACUUUUAGUCUUUAUGGAGACAAAGUUCGAUAUACUGCUAAGCUAUGGCAAGAGGUGUGA